GGCAGCAACUGACAUUGUCUCAGUCUUGCACUCCUCUGGAGCUGCCUUUAGGGUAGGGCAUAAGAAAUCACUUGCUUUUCACUGUCUGUGGCAGGAUCUGUUUACGAAAGUGCCUUUGGUCUGAGCCUUGCACCUGAUUUCCAGCUGUCACCAUCACAGCAGAUGUGCGGGUCUCACUCCCUGCCUGCCCUCAGGUCUGGUUACAGCCACAACCUGCUUCCUAGGGCUGAAAUUUAGGUUUCCAGGUGCAAAAGCAAGAACAGUUUGGGUCUGUAGGGUACAAUAGGGAUCCCUGUUUUCAGGCUUUAGAUCCUGGGAAUGCUCGGUGCUUUUGCUGGAGUUCACUGAGGCAGGCAGUGCAGGGAAGUCUCUACUGCUAGACUGGAGCUGGGUGACUCGUGCCAUUGAGCAAACAGAGCAUGGUGAGUGGGGGGGAAUGCAGGCCGGCGCUGUGCCCCAUAUCGUGCCAUAGCUCUCCAAGGAGGAACGCUGGCACUAUUAGUUGUGUCCCCCUCUGCCCUGUGGGACUAGCAUGGCUGUUCACCUCCAGAUGGAGAGAAUUUCCACUUCUGCAGUGGCACUACCCAUAUUCACAUCUUCGGCCUGAUGCCAGUGCUGUGACUGGUAAUUCCAUGCAGAAUGUGUCUUUUCACCCAGAGGGAACAGCUGUCUAGUCCCAGCUGUGGCAUCCUGAAGGCAGCCGAGUGGUUUGCAUGCACCCUCUCCUGACAGACUCACACAGAGAGAUUCCUGACAUUUGGAAUUCCCUCCCUUUCCCAAGUCCAAAGGAAAUUCUGUCUCAGAUUUCCUUGCCAGACACGAUCCUCCACAGCAUCAUGAUCACCAUCCAGAUGGCCAAGAUCUUGCUAGCAUGAGGGAGUCUCUAGCUUUGGAAGAAACUUGCUCCAUUCUGCUGCUUCUCCACAGAGCUGCAUUUUAACGAGCCCCUUCUAAGGCUUAGAGGUUCAGGAGCAAAGUACAAAGAAACGCUGAGAAUAGCUGCUCUUUUGUCCUCAUCUUCAUCUGUGGAUCUCUCCAGAGACAGAUCUUGCCCUGGAGGGAAGGGCAGGGCACAUUAGCCGACAAUUCCUUUUUUCCUGUGAACUUUGUUUAAAUAUUUAACAGAAGAAAACUAAAAAUAUCCCGGGUUAAUGCAGUAGGAACCAGACAGCUGCUCUCUUCUUAGGUGUUCUUCCUCCCAGCCCCUCUUUUCAGGCGCACACGGUGGGGCGAGGGCCCCCAGCCCAGCGAGGAAGGCUGCAGGAGAAAGGCUUCCAGCUCGGGAGGGGCUGCGGUGCAGGGCUGCCAAGGACCAAGAAGGGAGACGGCCGCGGCUCCCUGGGAGCUGCAAGAACCGCAGGAGGGCACAAAUGGGGGUUGUCAGUGCUCGAGCUUCCCCCUUCACGGUGAAGGGACAAGCUGAAUGUCGUGAAUGAUUUUUCCUGCAUGAAGUCUGUGCUGCGGAGUGAAUCCCGGGUCAGGUACAUAACAGCUCACUGGGGAAAGGCCGGCGCUGCGCCAGUCGCUGAAGGGAAGAGGCAAGCGGCAUGAAGGGCAGGUGGCCGCGCAGCUGCCGGACUGGUGCCGAAACCCAUCCAGGUGCUGCAUCCUGCCCUGCGCUGCCCCCAGCGGAUGGGUGACUGGCAAUAGGAGAGCUGGCGGAGGAAGGGAGGGGUGGUGCGGUGCGGUGCGGAGGACGCUUGGACAAGGAGUGUAGAAAGUGAGCAGCAUGAGGCAGGACCUCGCCGUGUGACGAGGUGUUGCUGCAUCUGCGAUGGACCCCGGUGCCUGCAGGAUGCCUUUCCUGGUCUCCUCCAUCCACUCCCUGCAGCUAUGGCACUUCCUCCUCCUGGUUUCAGCCAUUCCUCCACCCGCCGUCUGGUCUCUCCGCCCUCGUGGUCCCAUGGCUGCCCGGCCUCUCUGUGCCCGUCGCAGCCCCUCGGCCCUCCGGCCCAUAUGCAUCUGGGAAAGGACCUCACUGCCGGAGUGGGAUUCACGCCUUGCCACGCCACGCCAGCGGGUCCUGAUCCCCCGAGGAGGGGACCAGCGCCAUACCGUGCGGCUGAGACGCCAAGCAGCAGGAGUCAGGCCUGCCACCCCCUCUGGCUUUGAGGAUGGCAUGCCCUCCUCCCAGUACCCCUGGGCCAUAGUGUGGGGCCCCACAGUGUCAGAUGAGGAUGGAGGGGAUGCCAACUCGGCCAACCCCGGCUUCCCACCACUGGGUUACACCUUUGUCUCACCACGUGGGAUGGCGACGGCGCAGCCCAACUCCCACUCGCUGCUGCACAAUGCGGGGCUCAAUCUGCGUGAGACCCCAGCCACCCUGCGGCCCUUCCUGUUCGGGCCCCGGGGUGAAGGAGUGGAUCCCCAACUGUACGUCACGAUCACCAUCUCUAUCAUCAUUGUCCUGGUUGCCACUGGGAUCAUAUUCAAGUUCUGCUGGGACCGUAAUCAGAAGCGCCGGCGCCAUUCUGGGCAGCAGAGCGGUGGGAGGCAGCAGGACAGCCAGCAGCCCCUCACAGACCUGUCCCCCACUGCCAUCAGCAUCCUGGGGCCCUACAGUGACUCCCUAGCACCCACCCCUGAAGCGGAGGAACCCAGGCAGGGGCAGGAGGGUGUAGAGAAACUGGGGGGCCAUGGGAAAAGCACCGCCUUCCAGCUCAACCGAAUUCCACUGGUGAACCUGUGAUGCAGAUGGGAGAAGCAGAGCUGGCUCCCCGACCCUCCUGCCACAGCGGGGAGCCCACGCUUCUGCCACCUCUGCUACCCCAGGAAAAAAACAAUCUCCUUGUGCCACGGCCCGCUGCCACAGUCGUUAACUAACUCCACCAGGAUGUGCCUGGGCAAAUGGACGAGCUGGGUCUUGCUAGCAUCCUGAGGGGGAAGGUUGGAGGCCACCUUGCAGGACGGCAUGCGGAGCGAGCAGGACGUGGGAGGGGAGGCAGCUGUUGGUUUUGUGAAGUCAUAGCCUGCCCUGCCUUUCUCCUCGCACACACACACACACGCUCUCCGACCUCUGCGACUCUGCCACCAGUGCAUGCCUGACAAAGGGGUAGGUGAGGUGGAAAGGCGUCCCCUUGUCCCCCUGUCCCCAUGACCCCUCUGUGUGUCCCUUCCUGUGUCGUGUGCUUUGAUGUGAAUGUCUGGAGUUCAGUGGCUGCAGCUUCACCUCUGGGCUUGGGAUCAGGUAGUGUCAGACUCUCCUGUUCCCAAGGCCUUGGCUUUCCUGAGGGCCCGAAGGCGAAUCUUGGGAAGAAGAGGCUCACAUAGCACCUGUCCCUCUCAGCUAUCCAUUUCCUUGAAGGAAGCAUUACCCCACCUUUGAUAUUCACAUCUUCCCAUUUUCUUUCUGCCUAGCACUCCUCUGUUUUCUGUCUUCAGCUUGUAUCUUUCUUCAUCUUAGUUCCCAGCGUUUCUAUUUUUUUCUCUCAGUUCCUCCUCCCCUUUUCUCUUGCCAGUUAAGGUUGGAAAAAGUUCCUUUAGUUUUCCAAAUGUUUAGAUCCCUUGGAAGUCUCCUUGGUGCUCCGUUCUGCCCCCUCAGUCUCCUUCAUCAAGGUUUUAUCUCUACUCUGUGGUGAUGUUCAUCAGAAAAUCAGAGUUGAAGCCUUCUGGGCAUUUAGCAAGAGUCCUGUCCAUUGAGAUCCUGCUGAAGCAGCGAAAAUGCAGCAAGCAGAUACAGCUGCGUACGAGGAGUGUGAGCUUUGCUGGGCUGUGGUAGGGAAUUGCUUUUUGACACUUGUGCUGCAGGCAAUGAGCAGCAGAGAUGACUCUAUUUGCUUGGGAUGGAAAAGAGCGAUUUAGAGAGCUUUGGGGGCUGACAUGCGCUAUUGGGAGGUCUCUUUUGGAAUGCCUUGUGAUGGGAGAGCCCUGAGGCAAUGCUCACCAAGGGCAUGAGAGAGGGGUACUUAUGUGCCGCCAGACACGGGGGUGCCAACUUCCCUGACCACACAUUGUUAGCAACAGUUGUUUCCCCCCCUUGGCUUUUGUGGAUACCUUCAAAUAAAUUCGCAGACUAACAUAGCAGCCACUGAACUGCAGAAUGAUACAAAUUUAGGUAAGGUUGCCCCAAGACCUAAUGGACUGAUGGGUCCAGAGACAGGAACUCGGCCACCAUUUUAAGGCUGUAGUGUAUGGCACAAGGUCUCUGACAAAAAAUUAUCUUUUAUCUCCAAUAAUAGGAAAUGGCCUUUCCCCCUUUAUCUCUGUAGUAAAAGCAUAUUCUUGACAGGACAAAGCACAGGGAGUUUCCUACAGGGUCUGGUUCUGCCCAUUUACCCAGCUGAACGACUAGUGAUCUCAGGUCCCACCUGGCUCACUGUGAAGGACAUUUAAAUGAGAGGGUAACUUACAAUAAGCUUCAUGGAAAACAGUAGAGAUUUGGAGAAAAUGACAGGUCAAAUAAAAUUAUCGGCUUAUUAGAAGCACAGAAUGGAUGAAAGAUGUAGGUGGAAAAGGACUCUGGAGGUCUCUAAUCUAAGCACAGGCUGAGUCUCCACUCUCAGCAGUGGAUAUUAUUGCUUCACUGUAAACCAAUCUAUUACUGAGCUUUUUCUUCACUGAGGCCCCUCUCGAGGCUUUAGUGGACAUUUCAAGUUGCGGACAGACAAACAAGGGAGCCCCUGACUCUUCCUGCCUGCUGCCCUGCUCCCACCACCCCUGAGUGCAGGUCAGGGCUGUUCCCCCUCGCACUGGCAUGAACAGAGCUGGAGAGGGACGUCUGCACGCAGCCUGCAAAGGGCUGCAUCAGUUAUUCCUGGCAGUUUACAAUAUAAUGCCUUCAACUCGUUUAAGUAAUCCUCCAGACCGGGCUAAUUAGAUUGCUCUUUGAUCAAUAGCGCUCAUUGAAACAAGGCCAGAGUUUAGACUCUACCACUUCAAGGGCUGUCCUUGGACUUUCCACAUGCUGUGUUCGAGAGAAGCCCUGUGAGAAAGUGGCAGGGCACUGCAGAAGGGGUAGUGAAAACCUUUUCCAACACUUGCUGCAGGAAAGCCCUGUGCUCUGCUGGACAUGCUUUGUAAACUCUGCAAACACAUCAGAUUUCAGUGUUUUGUUUUGUUUUCCUUUAAUGUGUCUUUGUUCCUUUUUAAAGUAUCUCCAAGGAAUGAAACCUUUCAUGGACAUUGUGGUAAGAUGGAAGCAGGGAAAUGCUGUGAAGAAAGCUCUUAAAAUAACAGAAGCUUGGAAACGCUGAACAUCUUUUCCAACACCAACUAUUCUAGCCAAACAUGUUUUUAUCAUGGUCAUUCACUCACGUGAAACAGGUUAAAUAUGGGAAAAACCUUCACUGUCCUUCCAACAUUCAAAACAUUCAAAAUGUGUUCGGACACAAGUUUCUUCCAGUCAAUAAAUAAUCUCACUGCA